UGAAAAUGUUCGAUUUUGACAACUAAUGAAAAUGGGUAUCUUUGCAUCAAUAAAGUUUGUAUCUGUUGUAUUGAUUCUUAUAAUCCAUCAAUUGUCUGGGCUGGUCUUACAACCUGUUCAACCACGUACGGAGUCACAACCAGAAUAUAGACCAGAGGGACCUCUAGUCCUCUGUAAAUUUCUGCCCAAAGAAUUCAUCGAAUGUGAUGACCCUAUUGACCACAAAGGCAAUAAGACUGCCAAAGAUGAAGCUGGAAUGGGUUGUGUAAAGUUUGGUGGCUCUCGCUAUGAAGACGUUGAACGCACCAAAGUUUUUUGUACAGUCUUACCUGAUAUUGAGUGUCACGGGUGCAAAACAUUUUUACGAGAUGGAGUUCCUUGCAUCAAAUAUAGUGGGCAUUACUUCACGACAACAUUACUGUAUAGCAUAUUAUUAGGUUUCCUUGGCAUGGACCGAUUUUGUUUGGGACAAACUGGAACUGCAGUUGGAAAGUUAUUAACUCUUGGUGGUAUUGGAGUUUGGUGGGUUGUAGAUGUGAUUUUAUUAGUUACAAAUUCUUUACAACCUGAAGACGGAAGUAAUUGGAAUCCAUAUGUUUGAACAUAACAUGAUCCCACUGUAUGAAAUAGUUGUAAAUACACAAAGUUUAUUUCUACUGUUUUUAUUGCAUUCAAAUAAGUUUUUUUGUUUUUUAAAACGUUGUAUUAUCUAUUAUUA